AUGAACAGUGACAAAACUGAAAAUAUAUUAUACUCAGGUCCAUACUAUCUUCCUAUAAAGUCAAAAGUUCCAACGUUUUCUUUAGAUAUCAACGAUAAUAACGCUUAUUGUUAUCUCUCGUCAAUAAAAGAAAGCGACAAAAAUGUUAUAUACAACCAUUUGCGUCCUGAAAAUCACGGAUCCGUAGAAAUCCAUAAAUGGACAUUAACGCUGCCGAAUCCAUACACAUUAGAUGAUGCUUCACAGUUCAUUACCCAUUGUGAAAAUAAAGCAAAAAUGAGUGGAAAAUGUUUAAACUGGGCAAUACGUAAUUCUCAAGGAAAGUUUAUCGGAUCAAUUGGUUUAAUUCCGCCAGGUAUACCUUUAGAAAAUGAUAAGAACAAUAUACUCAAUAACAUCAAUAAAAUUAAUGAGAACAAAAAUUUAUUGGAACACUCGUAUGAAAUCGGUUACUGGAUUGCAUCCGAAUACACUAAUAUGGGAAUUGCGAGUGCUGCUGUGCGAGUUGUGACCGAUGAAAUUGCAUUUCGAGAAAUGGGUCUAAGAAAAGUAAGAGCAUUUGUAUUCAUGGGAAAUGAUAAAAGUAUGAGAGUUUUGGUAAAAGCAGGAUUUAAAAAUAUUGACUUUCUUUCAGAAUAUUAUCUAAAGAAUGGACAAAAAAUUGAUGCAAUAUUAUUUGUAAAAGUUCCUGAAUAG